AUGGAUGGCAUUCAGAUGGAGCCCAUAGGCAAAUACAAGGCUGACAGGAACGGUUCCGCUAAAGCAGCCGCCUGGCGUAACAUGGUCGAUCAAGAUUUGGACGAUGUCGCCUUUCUUGCAGACACAGAUAAGGCCCGAGAAGCGCGCGAGCUGCGCGAGACACCGGUCGCUGUCUGCUCGCAGCGGCGUGCGCUAUGUCUGGCCGCGCUUGUUUUCUCCGCCAUGUUCGCUACAGCGUUACUCGUGGUGUACGCUACUCCACAAGCUGAUUGUCCAUGCGCGGGAGAGAAUCCCCUGAUCCCGGGACAGCCACCGACAGGAGCGGAAACUAACACGGCUGCAGCGAACAAGGAUCGUAUAGCAAGCAACGGACAAGUGUUCCCGUGGAGGGGGGCUCGUCUACCCACAUCCGUGAUACCCAAACACUACAGCCUGUGGUUGCAUCCUAACCUCACCACGGGGGAGCUGAGAGGCGAAGUGUCAAUAGAUUUCAAAUUGGAUCGCGACACGAGUUUCGUGGUACUCAACGUACGGGAUAUGAACGUGACAGAACGGGCCCUCUUCAAGACGGGCGGGGCCUUGGGACCUAAAGUGGCGAAGGCACUGGACUAUCCGGCUGCAGACCAGACCUAUAUUGAGUUCAAGGAGAAACUCCGGCGCAAAUACAAUUACACAUUGAGCCUUCGUUUCAUCACAAAACUGGAGAGAAACGGCAAGCAUCGUGGAUUCUUCAUAACUGGAACACAGAAGCAUCGCUGCGCAAUAUCAAGGUUUUGGUUGACGCAUGCGCGAUCCGCGUUUCCAUGCUUAGACGAACCCCAUAUGAGAGCUACAUUCAAACUCACCAUAGUGAGAGACAGAUUUCACGUUUCGUUGACGAAUAUGCCGAUCAUGGCGACAGAGGAGGCAGGCUUCUACUUGGGACACAGAUUGCUUCAAGACGAAUUCGUCCAAUCUCUCCCGAUGCCUCCACACAUGGUAUCAUUGGCAGUUUGUCGAUUACAACGUCGAGCAGCGCCUGCGCUUCCUACUGAAGCGACAUUAACGCCAUCUAUUGAACCCAUAACUACACUAGAGCCAGAAGAAAUUGACGAGGAUGUCUUACCCCCGCCAGAGAUCAGUCUAUACAGCGAUCAACAAGCUAUUCUAGACGAAUCUGGACCUCUCCUGGAGUGGGUGCAGAAAACAAUCCAACAAUUAUCCUACGAGCUGAACACCUCGUAUCCUCUUCCAAAGUUCGAUAUUGUGGUCGUUGAAUCUGGCAACCCGUAUUCUGAAGGCUGGGGUCUGAUCACCUUAUCGCCCGGAACGUUGACGGAAACGAAGACCAUAGCGAGGCUGUUGGCACAGCAAUGGUUUGGAGGCCUCGUGUCUCCCCGCUGGUGGAGCUCCCAAUGGUUGAUGGAAGCCCUAACCUCAGUACUGGCAGAGAAGGCACCGCCCUUGGGAGACUCCGCCCCGCAGACGGAGGAAGACGCUUUGUUAUUGGACCAUGUGUUACCAGCACUUAGACUUGAUUCGAGCAACUCAGUGAGGGCUGUAGCUUCGCCGAGAUUGGAGAGAUCCGACAUUGAAUCGGCAUCUGAUGAGCUCUCUCUCCACAAGGGUGCGGCCAUAGUAAGCAUGGCUAUAGAAGCGGCGGGCGAGGCGGCGGGACGUGCAGCUUUGGCUCGAUUGUUGAAGUACCACAGAGCCGCCAGCGCUGACGCCAGGGACCUAUGGCGCGCCCUGCAGCAUGACGGUGGUGGAAUGGCCAGCGGGGAGGACAGCGUGCGAGCCCACGCGUGGGACGGAUGGUGCGAGAGGCCCGGGUACCCCUUACUGAGUGCCACUGCUCAGGGGGAUGACGUCAUACUGAAACAGGAGAGAUUUGUCAUGACUGCCGACCCGCCAACAAUGGACCGGGAGAUGGCGGAAAAUCUGUUACUCACUGCAGACCUUAGAUUUGAUUUGGAUGAACUUUUCUACGAACCGGAGAAUAUAACCGACCCAUACGAUGACGUCAACGCCACGACCACCCCCCCGCCCCCCACCACAACAACACGCCGCCCGCCCACCACCAAACCCCCGCCCGCCCACAAAUGGGUCAUACCCCUGACUUUCAUGGUGGGGCCGGUGGAAGAUGAAGAUGAGGAGAUGGAGAAUGUAACGAAGUUGUUCAAGAAUGUGACGGAGAGCAUGCAGAAUGGGACUUGGUACGAUCUGGUAAAUGAUACGAAGCCCGCAAAGAAGUCCCGGUGGGCAGAACACCAGGUCCAUCUGCUGUGGAUGAAUGAUACGCAGAUGGUAAUACCAGACCUCGGCAAACACAAAUGGGUUCGUUAUAACGUUGGAGCUCGGGGUCUGUACCGGGUAGCGCCACAAGACCGCAAUGGAGAGUCAGCGGAAACUGCCGCUCAGCGUGCCGCAGAAUUAUAUUCAACGGGCGGGCCCGCAGAACGAGCUCUCAUGUUGGACGACGCGUUCGUUCUGAGCCGCGCCGGGAGAUUACCGGCUAGUAGAGCUGUCGCAGCGCUGCGAGAGUUAGGCAACGAACGUCACUGGGCCCCUUGGCGGGUUGUAGUGGGUCAGGCUUCAUGGUGGCGCGAACUGUUACGACUGCGUGCUUCGGGGCCAAAACUGAGGGAGUUACUGAGGAACCUGCAUCCGAAGGUUACGCAACACUCCAGUGAACAACCGUGGUUAAGCGGCGCAUUGCUGACUGCUGGCGUUGAAUGGGAGAAUCCAGAGGUGACGAAACAAGCGCUACAGAUGUUCGACGCCUGGUGGAAGAAGAAUGAGAGUAUACCAGAGAUAUACCAAGAGGGCGCCUUCACCGCGGGUGUCCGUACCCACGGCGUGCCCGCGUGGCGUGUCAUAUGGCGCGCCCUGUGUGACACCACCCGCGCCCCUCGCGCUAACACGCCUGCGCCUCUACCACGCGCCAUGUUAGCCGCAUUGGCCGCGUCGAGCGACGACUGGCUGUUCUACCGAUUCGCGUACACGGUUCUCUCGCCGGAAGCUCAGAGAGGGCCUGAUUGGCGACUGUGGGUCACUACGCUGUGCAGCGCCACCUGUCGUUGGCGCGGCGCGGGUGCAAUAUGGCGCGUGGUGGGCAUCUCGCGCGCCCCCCCUCCCCUCCCCCUGCCGCCCGCCGCGCUGCACGCCGCCGCGCGCUGCAUGCAUCUACCUCACGACUACCACAGGAGCCGUAAAGUUUUAAAUAGGAAUCAUCAUCAUCAUCAUCAUCAGCCUAUUAACGUCCCCACUGCUGGGGCACAGGCCUUCCCUAUGGACGGAAUAGGGAGAUUGGGCCAUGACCCACCACGCGGGCCCAGUGCGGAUUGGCGGGUGCUAACGACUGCAGAUGCAGCCGGGACCAACGGCUUAACGUGCCUUCCGAAGCACGGAGGAGUUCGAGAUAGUGAAUUUUCGGUCACCCAUCCAAUGACCGACCACUGCGAAAGUUGCUUAACUUCAGCGAUCGCAGCCGAACGCGCUAAACACUUGCGCCAUCGAGCUCCUAUAUUAGGAACAAUUAUAAUUAAUCUUAUUUAUCGUUUUCAGUUCAAAGAGUUAUUCGGCGAAUUACGCGGUGCCCAAGCAGCGUUAGACACAAUAGCGCUGAACGCGGCGUGGGUGGAACGCGCUGACGCCGAUUUACUGCUGUACUUCCGCGCGACAGACAAACAUUAG